GCUUACGCUUUUGAGUUUCGACUUUUAGUAAAGACUGAACUCUGAACGUAAAUAACAUUUCAGCAUUUUUAAUAUUUAGUGUGCUUUGCAGUAUAUUCGAAUAAGUUUAUUGAAGAUAAAAUACAAGAGAAUAGAGUAGAACAAUAAAAAUGGACUUCCAAAAUCGACCAGGGGGAAAAACUGGCGGCGGCGGUGUUGCAUCAUGGUCCGAAAGCAAUCGGGAUAGACGCGAAAGAUUACGGCAGUUGGCUUUAGAAACAAUUGAUUUAAAUAAAGAUCCAUAUUUUAUGAAAAAUCACUUAGGCUCAUAUGAAUGUAAACUAUGCCUAACAUUGCAUAAUAAUGAGGGUAGUUAUCUUGCGCACACUCAAGGUAAAAAGCAUCAGGCUAAUUUAGCCCGUAGAGCUGCCAAGGAAGCUAAGGAGGCACCACAGCAAUUAGCCCCUGAAAAACCCAGAAUCGAACCAAAAAAAUUCGUUAAAAUUGGUCGUCCUGGUUACAGGGUCACUAAACAAAAAGAUCCAGAGAAUGGCCAGCAAAGUUUAUUGUUUCAAGUAGAUUAUCCAGAGAUUGCUGAGGGUGUCCAGCCAAGACAUCGGUUUAUGUCUGCUUAUGAACAAAAAAUAGAACCUCCAGACCGUAGGUGGCAAUAUUUGUUAUUUGCCGCAGAACCAUAUGAGACAAUUGCAUUUAAAGUUCCAAGCAGAGAAGUUGAAAAGCAUGAUUCCAAAUUUUGGACACAUUGGAACAAAGACACCAAGCAGUUCUUCCUGCAGUUUGCAUUUAAGUUGGAGCCAUUGCGUUUGCCACCUGCUCCUCCAAAAAUGUGGGAGAACCAUGGAAUGAGACUUCCACCACCUCCUGGAGCUUCAAUGAUGGGUGCGCCUCCACCACCACCAUUGAUGCCAGUACCCCCACCACCCCCUUCAAUGUAGAAUGUAAGAACUAAUAAAGCUUUUAAGUAUUAUAA